GGGCACAGGGUUUCGCUUAUAUCAUUUCUGGUGAGGGAAAGAGUUGAACAUGAAUAGCGUUUUCAGCGAGCAGAUACUUGUGGACAAGCUUUCCAAGCUUAAUAGCACCCAACAGUGCAUUGAAAGUAUCCUUUUUUUUGUUUUCUAUUACUUGAUUAAUGUUGUUGUUGUUGUUGCUUUGGGAUUCCAGAUUCAGCACUGGGAUCAAGCUAUCUGCUGUGACUUGUUCUGCUUGAACUAGGACUAUUUGGCUGUGCUUCAUUAACUUGUUUUUGGUUACUGAAUGAACGUUCUUUGCUAAUUCUUUGCAUUGAUUAUCUGAAUUUUAGAUGAAUAAGGAACACCAACCGUUGUGUCAAGGUCUAUAUAUGUUCUAAUUAAUUGAAACUAAACUACUAUAUAUAUCGAAUAUGUUUACCAAACUUGGUGGCAUCUCUGAUAAAUGACCUAGGCUGGCAGUAGACAAUUCAAAUCCGGAGUCAGGAGUUUCAUAUAGCCAGUUAACUUCGGUGCUCAAGGGAAUUGUUUUGUCUUUCAAUUUUCCAGAGCAAAGCAGAACUUGUUGUUGCAAAUUGGAAAAAACAAUUUGACAAAUCAGAGAUGGUUCAAAGAGUUCCCCUUCUGUAUCUUGGAAAUGACAUCCUGCAGAACAGCAAGCGUAAAGGAAAUGAAUUUGUUACAGAGUUUUGGAAGGUUCUUCCAGCAGCACUUAAAGAUGUUAUUGAGAAAGGUGAUGAUCAUGGAAAGCACGUGGCAUCUAGACUGGUUGAAAUAUGGGAGCAAAGGAGAGUGUUUGGAUCUCGAGCUCGGAACCUUAAAGAUCUAAUGCUUGGAGAAAAGGUACCUCCACCGUUGGAAUUCAGGAAAAAGCGAUCACGUUCUAUAAGAAUUAUGAAAAGGGAUUUCCGCUCCAUCAAAUCGAAAUUGUCCGUAGGAGGUACAGCAGAAAAAAUAGUGUCCGCAUUUCAUUUGGUGUUCAGUGAACAAUCCAUUGAAGAUGCCGAGAUGAGUAAAUGCAAGUCUGCUGUUCAGCAUGUGAGGAAGAUGGAAAAAGAUGUUGAUAUCGCAUGCACUAUUGCUAAGGAUCCUAAACGAAAAACUUUGUCAAAGAAACUAGAGGAGGAAGAAAAUCUCCUGAAGCAAUGCAUAGAAAAGCUUAAAUUAGUUGAAGCAAGUAGAGUAGCGCUUGUAUCUCAGUUAAAAGAAGCUUUGCAUGAGCAGGAAUCUGAACUAGAGGAUGUUCGUACUCAGAUGCAGGUUGCACAAGCACAAGUAGAAGAGGCUAGCAGUAUGCGGGAGCGACUUGAUAAUGAAGAUUCUUCACAGAAAGCAUCCACUGCAACAACUUCAGCUACUGAUGCAAAUGCAAAAUCAGCAGCAGCAACUAAAAAGUCAGCUGCAACAAUAGCUGCUGAAGUUGCAGACAAGCUUGCAGCUUCUUCGUCAUCUCAAUUGAUCAUGGCUUCUGUUCUCUCAACAUUUGCAGCAGAAGAGGCAAAAAAUGCUGGGCAAACCUCUGAGUCCACAUCAAAACAUGAGAUGUCAAUGCCUAGUUCAGAUCCGCAUAUCUUUAUGUCCUCACAACAGUUGAUUGCCGCACCAAACCAUUCAUAUCCUUCAGUUCUGGUAACGCAACAAACCAUGCAGAAUGCAGCAGUCCCUUCAUCACAAGGUCAAUAUCACAUGCUUUGUAAUCCAUCGUCCCAGCAAUACGUGCAGUCAACAGGUGGGGCUAUCUCUCCAUAUGGUUAUGGUAGCAUCCCAUCAUUACCACCAGUACCGCCCCCACCCCAUGUGGUGGGGACAAUGGUGCCUUUGACAUAUCAGACACUGCAAACAACUCAGCAUCAAGCAAUACCAAUAACCCAGCAAGCCCCAGCACCUCUUAAUUUCCAGCCACUUCAGCCACCAGGAAUGGUGUACUAUCCUAAUUACCAGCAUUCUAUAUGAGACCUACAGACUACAUUAGCUAGACUGUAGUCAACAUGACCUUUUUUUGAAACAAGCGAAUUCUGGAGAUUGGGAAUUUUAUUUUUUUGCCAAUGGUACGCUGGGACUGGAACUGAGCUCGCAUUUGUAUGGAAGCAAGACUACCAGAUUUCCCCAGGGAUGUGAAAGGAAACUAGGGGGUGUUUGGUAGAAGAGAAAAUUUUUUUUACCAGGGAAAUAUAAUUAAUAGGAAUAUGGUGGGAAAGUGAUUUUGGCAUGAAAGUUUAAAAAAAAUUGUUUGGUAUGCCGAAAUAUUAUCGGAGAAAUUGGGUUAAAUUUUCUGAGUGUAUGUUUGGUUGAAGGGAAAAUAUUGAUGAAAAAAUUGGUUAAAAAUACUAAAGUAACCCUUUUUUAUACUUAUUGAAUGUGAAUAUAUAUAUAACAUAAAACCCUUUAUUAAAAAUGGUAUUUUUUCUCUUCUUGUUUUCAGAUUGAAUUCUGAAUCUGGAAAUCAUGAUUUGCCCUGCAAUUUCUUCUCAGAACUCAUUUAAAGACACAGUGAACUUCAGUUAUGUCACUGUUUACAGCUCUACCGGGUCAUAUUAACUCGUGGGUCACUGAUUUUGUUAAACUCGGCCGAUCUAACGCGGUUUACGCAAGUUCAUUGACAUGGCCGAUCCGUU